CUCAAAGCGAUUCCCAAGACAUUUAGAGGGAGUCGUCGGUAGGGACCGCGAGCCAUUCUGAGGUGGAGUCCUCGAGCGACCAGCCCUCGACGAAGAAUGACCUCGCCAUAGCCGACCUUGACUCGCAUAAGCUAGGCAGCCUGAAUGUUGCCGAUCGUUUGAACUUUGAACCCUAGCCAACUGCAGAAGACAGCAAGCGAUUUCGGAUCCCCUAGUCUGGUCGUCUCUGUCUGGCACAUGAUUCUCUGAUUCCAUUGUACGAUUCUCCAACUCCAGCGUACUAUUGCCACGAGUGUGGCGUAAGGUUGCUGCAACUCCGGCGUCCAGUGUAGGUCGGACCUUCGGUGUUCGAGUGACAAAGCAGGGGACAACGUUUGAGCUAGGAGAGCUGGUCGGACGACUUCGAGCGAGCAGAGCAGUCGGGCGGCUACUCUCCGUACGAUCUCUUGGUGUUAUUUCUAAGGCCUCCCAGGAAGUUACAUUAUUUCUUCUAGGAUCAUAUUACAUCUUUAUUGGUUAUGAGCCAUCUGUUGCUAUCAUUGCUCUGCUAUCGUUUUUCAGAUGUUACAAGGUUUACAAACUGGCAAUUUCUUGUCUCCUAGCGACAUCACCUGGUGAUAUAUCUCAGCGACUGAACAUAUAAUUAUUUUCAUUGGAAUCAAAUUGUCUUUCAAAAGAAAGCAUGGGUGGUUCGGAACAGAGCCAUAAGAUGUGUCACCACCUACAUGAGAAAUUUUCAGAUUCAGUUAUUCUCUUCGGCAGCUUGGACGAAAGCUUGUUAUAUGAAAUCCUUGCUAGGCUCCCCAGCAGAAAUGCCAUCCAGUUGAAAUUGGUUUGCAGGCGCUGGCAUUCUUUGAUCUCUUCUGACUAUUUUAUUACUGUUUACAAUCACCGCCGUCACGACACAUCCCUCCCGCUAAUUCGGGAUCGUGAUUCGCCGUCAUAUAGCCUUGUACUCCAAUUGGCACAUCACACGUCUCUCAUUCGUUGUGGAUACACAUAUAGUUGUGCCAGAUUGUACAAUCACAGGAUGAUUGAUUUAAGUUUUCUUCCUUGUUCUCAGAGCAGCGGGAACAUAAUGGAACUGAACGCUUCAUGUGCGGACUUAAUUCUUUGUUCUUAUAAGCGACACCCGUUGUCCCGAACCAAAUUUUACUAUGUUUGUAAUAUUCUAACUACGCAGUGGGUUGCUCUUCCUCCCGCCUUCCACUUCACAGACCAAGCCAUUGGCUUCCUAUGGGUUAACGUACUUGCACCAUGUUCCCUUUGCCAUUGCAAUGGCAGUAAUCAAUGUGUACAGAACAUUCGCCACAAGUUUAUGGUGGUGCAAAUCAUUGCACAUGAGAAUGAUUUGCCCCUUUCUGAGUUUGAAGUUCAUCUCUUUUCGUCUGAGGAUGCCCAGUGGAGAAGACUGACAGUUUUAUCUCCACGAACCUUGAAUGUAUCUCGACCAAAUAGCUAUUCCAGGGAUUUCCUGGGAAAGUCGUAUGAUGUUCUUGUUCCAUACAAAGGUAUGCUGCAUUGGCUGACUUCUGAUUGUGUUGUUGUGUACGACCCUUAUGAUUCUCCGGAAGGAUUUUCUCAUCUCAUUGAUCUGCCCCUAGAAUCAGAUUUCCAGUACACCUGUAGCAGCAUUGCAGUGUGCCAGGAUCGUCUUCGUGUAGGGCUAUUUUGCUCCGCCCAAGGUUCAUAUGAUAUAUGGGAGCUUGAGGACUAUGAGGAAGAGAAGUGGACUUUGGUGCACAAGAUUUGCACUAGAAGCCUAAAUCUGUUCCCUCAUCAUUUGUUCCCGGAUAAAUACAUACUAUAUAUCCAUCCUGACGGAAAUGUUUUCUAUAAGGAUGGAAAAAACUCUUCUAUACAAAUAUGCAAUUUUCAAAGUGGAACCAUAAAUCACGUAUAUGAGUUAAUUGACUGUGAAUCCAAAGAAUUGGAUUUAGAGCAUAGGAGUGUCCUUCAAAUUUCUGAUCAGGAUUGGCCAACGCCAGUACCAUUGCUGCUGCAGAAUGUGUAGCCUUCUAAAUUUAAUUUAGUUUUUGCUUCUUCAUGAUAGUUGUUUUGUUACGCAUUAGGUGCCUAGAAAAUUGUUCACCUCUUUUUAGCUCAUUAUAAUGUAAUUGUGUUAUGAUAUUCUCUUCUUAUCAUCUAUUCAAUACCAAAUUGGCAAUGUUAGAUGUUACAA